AUGGUGAUUAAGAAAGAGAACUUAGAGAAGAAUGGGUCGACUUCCACCAGCACCACUCAUAUUAACGUGAGGGUCAAGGGGCAAGACGAAGAAAAGAUCUACGUCUUUAGGAUGAAAAAGAAUGCAAAGAUGCUUCGACUAAUGGAAUAUUACAACAAGUCGCGAGGUGUGGAGUGGGGCACAUAUGUCUUUCUCACAGUGGACGGCUCGAGGGUUCGAGAGUAUCAUACACCUGAUGAGCUGGAGCUAGAGGACGGAGCUCAAAUGGAUGCAAUGCUGCAUUGUGAUAGUGAAAAUGUUGCAUUUGAGGUUAAUCGUGGAUUGCUCAAAGAGCUUGAAGAUAUGGGAUUCUCAAUGGCACGAGCAGCCUGGGCUCUUCAUCACUCUGGUAACUCUAAUCUUGAAACAGCUGUGAAUUGGAUCGUAGAUCAUGAGAACGAUUCACAGUUUGACAAAAUGCCUUUGAUGGAGUUUAAUAUCGAGAUUGAGUCUCCAACUCCAUCUGAUGAUACUACUCAGGCAAGAGCAAAUGAAUUAAGAGAACAAGCUCGUAAGAUAAGAGAAGAAGAAGAAACUAAACGCGAAAGAGAAAGAGAAAAGGAGAGGAUACGAGCAGGAAAAGAGAUGAUGGAGACAAAGCGUAUUGCAGAAGAAAUCGAAAGAAAACGGAAUAUAGCUUUGAGGAAAGCUGAGAAAGAUGAGGAGAAAAAAGCAAGGGACAAAAUUAUGCUGAAAGUAAAUGCAGACAAGCUAGAGAGAAAGCGGAAGCGCGGAAUGCGACCAGAAACAGAAUCUGCUUCGACAUCAACUCCUGUUGCUCCACUUGACUCCAAGAGGAUAUUUAUCUCGUUGCCAAGCCCUGCCUCGAAAGCAGAGGAGAUGAGAGAAUGCUUAAGAUCAUUAAGACGUAACCACAAAGAUGAAGAUCCAAGAAUCAUUAGGAAGGCAUUUGAAACACUUCUGAUGAUUGUGAGGAACGCAGCUAAGAAUCCAGAUGAAGAAAAAUACAGAAGAGUCCGUGUCACGAACCGCUUGUUCAAGGAGAGAGUUGGGAGAUACAAAGAAGGUAUUGAGUUCAUGGAGCUUUGUGGAUUCAAGAGAGAAGCAGCAUCUGAGUUUUUGUCUCUAUCGACUCAAGACGCAGACAUCUCGCGGCUUCGAGACGCUGCGUUUCAGUUGCAGUCUGCGAUUACCAAUCCUUUCUUUGGUCUCCUCUCCAAGGAAGCUCAAGACUUCUAA